CCCGCGGCCGCCGCCGCCUGUAACCUGCGCCGCCAGGAUGUGGCUGGGGGCUGACGUCGGGUCCAGAUGUGGCCCCGGCCCCGCCCACCCCCGGGGCCGGGCCGCCCACACCGAGCCGCGGCGCGCACGGCGGCUGUCCCGCCUGCCACAAUGCGCGGCGAGGCUGCGGCCGCGACUUGGCGAGGUAGUCCCUAACGUCGCUGCUCGGCAUCCUUAGGAUAGGCCGCCCCUGACGCCGCGCGGGGACCCCACUGGCCCGCACCCCCCAUGCGUUCACUCUUUGGUGCCCGGCCGGGCGGGCGCCUUGCGGACGCGGAGCCGCGCGGGUGACGGCAGAGGCGGCUGCGCGCCCAGCCCAGCCCGCGGAGAGGGCGCGCCGCGCCCCCGCCCCCCGCCCGCUCUCGGGAGGCCGUGGGUGCGGAUGCGCCGCUGACGACUCGCAGCGACCAGCAGUGCUGCCGGCCCGCCGGCCGGAGCCCGCAGCAUGGCAGCCGCCGCCUAUGUGGACCACUUCGCCGCCGAGUGCCUCGUGUCCAUGUCGAGCCGCGCGGUCGUGCACGGGCCGCGGGAGGGUCCGGAGCCCGGACCUGAGGGCGCGGCCACCGCUGUCGCCGCCACGCUGCCCCGCGUCGAGGAGCGCCGCGACGGCAAGGACAGUGCCUCCCUCUUCGUGGUGGCGCGGAUCUUGGCCGACCUCAACCAGCAAGCGCCGGCGCCCGCCCCGGCGGAGCGCAGAGAGGGCGCCGCGGCCCGGAAGGCGAGGACCCCCUGCCGCCUGCCGCCAGCGCUGCCACCCGCCCCCGAGCCGGCCUCCCCCGGCGGCGAAGGUGCUGCGGCCGCGCCCCUCAGCCCCGCGUGGAGCGAGCCCGAGGCCGAGCUCGAGGCGGGGCUGGAGCCGGAGCGGGAGCCAGGGCCCGCGGGGAGCGGCGAACCCGGCCUCAGACAAAGGGGCCGGCGCGGCCGAAGUCGCGCCGACCUCGAGUCCCCGCAGAGAAAGCACAAGUGCCACUACGCGGGCUGCGAGAAAGUUUACGGGAAAUCCUCGCACCUCAAGGCGCACCUGAGAACUCACACAGCUUUCACCUGCCGGGCGGCACCUGCACAGGGGGCGGUCGGUCUCAGAGGACCAUCGCCUGACCCCCGACCCCCGGGCAGCCCUCCCCUUCCCAGGGGCCCGGAACCUCGUCGUUGGUUGUUUUUCGUUUUUUUUAAACAACGGUGGGAUGCAACCUUUCCUCCCAGGUUGGUUUAAAGAAUUGUGUAUUUUUCCUGGGCUCACGCCAACUCUUCUGUUACACUUAAUUCUUCCACAUUUGGACCAGGUUAAAAACCCGUAUAAAUAAAGUUGUCUUGUUAUCA